CGCAUCUCUGAAUCAUGCCCGGUGAGAGCAGUGCCACACCCUCGGGCACCGUUACCUCAGCAGCACUGGUACUGGGUGCUCUGGGUUGGUGUUGGUGGGUGGGUGUGAUCAUGUGACGCCUUCAUUUCCGAGACAACAAUACAACACCGAAUCGGUCUGUAUCCUCUCUCCCGCGCGCUCUCUCUCUCUCUCUCUCUCCCCCCUUACCUGCGCCUUGCUCUCGUUAUGGCGGACGGCGAGAGGUCCCCGUUGCUCUCAGAUUUGGGGGAUGGUGCUCUUGGCAGCGGUAAUGGCGGGGUUUCUCCCGGCGCUGGGUCCUACGGUGUACCCAACAAACCAGAGGGUUUCCCUCCGUUCCCCAGUGCCAGUCAGCCCUCUGUACUCCUAGGGGAGGACCCUCCACCCUACUCCCCACUUGCCUCCCCGGAGAGCGGAAAUGCCCCUGUUAUCAGCUGCAGGGUGUGUCAGAGUCUCAUCUCCGUGGAGGGGAAGAUCCACCAGCAUGUGGUGAAGUGUGGGGUUUGUAAUGAAGCUACGCCCAUUAAGAAUGCCCCAGCAGGAAAGAAGUACGUUCGCUGCCCUUGCAACUGUCUUCUCAUCUGCAAAGUCACUUCUCAGAGGAUUGCCUGUCCCCGACCAUAUUGCAAGAGGAUAAUAAAUCUGGGUCCUGUUCAUCCUGGGCCGGCCAGUCCUGACCCUCAGCCUGCUGGAGCCCGGGUCUCCUGUGGACACUGCAGCAACACCUUCUUGUGGACAGAGUUCACGGACCGGACGCUGGCCAGGUGCCCGCACUGCAAAAAAGUGUCCUCCAUUGGUCAGAGGUAUCCCCGGAGGCGAAGCUUGUGGUGCUUUCUACUCUGCUUGCUGUUCAGCAUUUCCACUGCUGGACUAAUGGCUGGAACGUGGGUGAAGGCACAGACCUACCCGGGGAUCUACGCCUCCUGGGCCGUCAUGCUGCUCCUGGUUCUGGUCACCUUGGCUCGGGCCUUUUACUGGGUGUGCAUGAGGGUCAGCCAGCCCCUUCAGAACUUUACAUAGAGGCCCGUCAUCUGCCAUCUCCCGACCCGACUGGACAGAGGAAAGAUGGCUUUGAAACAAAACAGAAUAUAUAUAUAUUUAAUCCAAUCCCCCAUGAAGAAGAAGUUCUGCUCCUCCUGUCCCUUCCCUUCUAGUCAGAAAUGUUUCCAGAACUGGAAUGGUGGCGGCUGCAGCUGCUUUAUCGUAUUUGAGUGGCUUCCAGCCUAGUGUAAUGAUGUCCUAAUCCAAUCAUCUGGCCAGUGUGGGGAUCAUUUUAACAUUUUAACACUUGUUUUCCUCUUUAUUCCCGCGCUGUUGAUAACGUUCAGCUUCAGUCUGUGGCGCUCCUAUUUUUGUUUUGAGGUUAUUCCCCAUCAGUCCAGACUCAGUGUAAAACCAUUCAGCCUUUAAGAUGUUCAAACUGCAAAACAACUGUCAGAUGAAGCUAUUAAUGCCGGCUUAAGCCUCCCUUUGUCAAUCAAAAGAGCCAGAAGCUAUAGAAACUUCUCUGAAAAAUUACAAUUUAGUGGAGUACGGUCGUAGGCGAUGAUUUUCCCCCUCCUUAACUUUAUGUUUAUGUCAAAUUAUUCCCCUGAGACUGACUUUGAUCCAAAUCAGCUUGAAAGCCUUAAGAGGAGGUGUGAUAGAAGGAUUCAGCACACAGACAUGCAGCCACGUCAAUGAAUCACAACAAAGGGGAGAUGCUCCUUUUUAGAGCUGCCUGGCUGCUUCGAAGGCAGCCCAGCCUCCUUCUUCAAAGAUGGACCUAAAAGCAAAUUUUCUCCUCACUUUUGUCCUUAUCUCGGCAAUAGAAGAAAUAGUUGAAAGGGUUUUUUUGUUGUUUGAUGAGAGCAAAGCCACAAGAUUUAUCUUUUACGUUUCAUCUUGUUUUUUUCUUUCUAUCUUUAAAUCCAUCAUGUAAACCUAUGAAUGAAGACAUUCCCAUUCCCUAAAACAUUCCAUCAUACAGGAUUAUUUUUGUGCUUUUAGUUCCUUUUCACUAAAGGAAACAAAAUCUGGUUAAAUGGAAAGUUUUUGUUCCUUUUUGCUAUUUUUUGGUUGCAGUUCACUGCCCUGAAUUUUCUUCUGCUUUAAUGAUUAAUUUUUCUGAAGAUGGAGGCUGAGCUCUCAUUAGUUGCAGAAUGACUAAUAUAAGAACAGCUACACACUACAUACAUUCUCACUCGUCCUGUUUGUGGUUCUGACUGCAGUUACGUUUUUGUUGUUCUCGUUUAUGUAAAGUAUGAUGGCUUUUUUUUUUCUGCUGGAUUGUAAAUAUUUAUGUUAAUGAAAAACAGAAGUGACUAAAUGAAUUGUUUCUUUGAGUUCAACACUAACUGCUGUGAUUGUAAGUUUAUUUGUUUUUAAGAGAGUUAUUUUUGCAGCUCUUCUUCUGUGAUGUAUUUAAUGUGCUGAUUUUGUUACUAACCCAAUGAGCCUCCGGACGCCUGGUUGUGUCCAAACGCACGUCAACAAAACUCACAAUUAUCAACAUUCUCACAUGCAAAUAUUUAAACCAAGUACAAGAUGAAGAGAGGAGAUUAGGUUAAGCUGUUACACUGAACUGAGGUUGCAGACAGUUCUUAUGGAAGUGUCAUUAUUUAUUAUGCACGCUGCAAAAUGGGAUCACUUUUACAUUUCAGUUACAGUUCUUGCAGUCUUAUUAUGGAUGACUUUUGACAGAGCGAGGUUUUUUCUCAGCCUCCCUCCUUUGUAUUUAUUUCCACUACAAUAAUCUAACUGUCUCCUUCUAUGACCACAGCAUUUAUUUAUAAGGGCAAAAUGAGGUGAAAGUGAUCCUUUUUGCACUGGAGUGAUCAUGUUUUAUUAUCAGUGACUGCACAUUAGAUUAAUCAUGUUAAAUCCAAUAAUCAAAAAGCUGGCUGAUGCUCUUUUCAGAGUUGGUUUACACUCAAAUAAAGACAUGAUGAUGAUGAACAUGAUGUAUAAAA